CUACAAUCACACUGAAAACUCUAUAAAAAAAAUUAGCGAUAAAGUAUUUUAUGCUGGAAUUAUAGUUUAUCAUUGUUCAACCAUUUCAUAUAAGUAAAACCAUCUACCGAUUUAAACUCCAGCAGUACAUUUUUUUAAUCGAAUGCCGGUACAAUCCAAAUUUACAAACACGGCUUCCAAAAUGCACCCUAAAAAUCCAUAAAAAAGAUUUUAAUAAAACAAAAAAAAAAAGAAUCUGAAGAUAAAUUAAUAAAACUAGCUUGGGCCCCAACCAGUUGGACGGAGGAAGGUGAGGUAUGAAAUUUGAAAAUGUAAUGGGGGUGUAUAGCUUAUUGUUGUAUAGUUUUUUUUUUGGAAACACGUGAUAAAAAUAGUGAAUUUUAGUAGGAAAGAGACAUGAAUGAUGCAACGAAUAAAAAAUUCGCCUUAUGAACCAAAAUCAAGUACCUGUUACCUUGUGAAACAAUAUUAUUUCUGGUAAUAUGAUGAGGUGAAGUAAGUUUGAUAAAAACCGAAUUCCAGAAAAUGGAAUAAAAAAUCGGUUAUCCCGCCGAUUUUUGGGAAUGAGCAUCUCACAAUCGUUGCUAGCUUUUACUCGGCCCGUUGGCCGAUUAAUUUGCUUUAUAAAACUUUCAUCUUGUCGUCAUUGUGCUUUCUGGUUUUUGCCAGGCCAUGAUAAAAUCUAAAGAAAUCAAGAAUGAACAACACGAUUUGGGAUAGGAACUGCCGUUCCCGUAUCCCUAGAAAAUGGUGGUAAACACGGACUCACCUGCCAAACUGGUUUGAAUUAAGAUUUUUAUCGGUUAUCAGGGAACCAUGUAAUUAUAAAUUAGACUUGAUCAAAACGGGCCAAAACUUGAAAUUCAGUCUGUUUGAUCGACCCAUGCCAAACUCCAAUUAUUCUUUACUUUUAAACUUUCUAUUUGAAAAUAAAAAAUAGUGCAAGAAAAGAGAUGAUUGCAAUUCACCAUUUGCACAUUACUGAUUCGCGAAUAAAACUAUAGAAAUUUGAAAGGAAACUGAAAAUGUUUAGAAUCGUUUUAAUGUUAAAAAUAACCAAAUAGAUCUUUCUGUUUAGUUUUUUACUAACAAAUACCAAACGAUUCAAUAUAAAAUACACUAUAAUUUAAUCAUUAUGAUAUCAAAUAAUUACAUAAUAUAUAUUUGAAAUGAUAAAAAUUGAACUAAUUGGGUUGGUCGAGGUUGAACCAUUGAAUAACUUUAAAAUACAUUAUAUUUUAGCCACUAAGAUAUAAAAUAAUAGCAUAAUAUAUAUUAUGCUAGAGAAAAUAGCUUGUUUUAGAAUGGCAAACCCAUGAUGUUCAUUUGUUUUACUUGAUGACAAAAUCUCAUGUAGGUCAGACCCAUUCAACUCUUUAUUUUAUGGUUACGGGUUAGCCCAUUAGAAUUCAUGCAUUAGUUUAUUGUUAAAUUUUUUUCCUUCUAGCAAUAAAAAGGAGUAUUGUUUUUUCUUUUCAUAUAUAUUUUACCACCACAGAGAAAUAAAAUGGCUUAAAGAAAAAAAAUUGUCACUCCUAGACUCGUUUAAAUUCACAUUGUAUAGUAAGUUGAUCCGUUCCACAGAGGGGGGAAAAAUUGACACUCCCUAUUCUACCCUUCCUACAAAGUACAAACGCUCAUGGAGCAGAGAAUUUGGGGAAAAGUUUUUUCCUCUAUACUAUUUUAUAUUUUUAAUUUAAAAAAAAUAUAACAAAUAUAAUUAGUGUGAUUUGUUAUUAUCUUUGUUUUUUCAAAGUGGCAUGGAUCGAAUCCUAUGUGGAAAUUUGAAAUGAGGUCAGAAUCCCAAUUCUGGGCCCAAUCCCACGCCAGGUCUUACUGAUUUCCUCACGCGCCCGGAAAGGAAAAGAAGACUCUGCUACGACUGUCUUCUCUCUUUCCACAUCCCCUCACUCUGCUUUUCCCCAGUCAUCUUUGUUUCUUCUCCUUACCCUGCAAGUUUUCUUAUUCACUGGUCACUACUGACUGGAACCUCAUUGCGCCUAUUUUUCACUCUCUUUUCCUCUGCUCAUGGAAAACAAACAGUCGCGUAACAACAGCUUGCGUUAAUUUUAUUUCCCUAUUUCACUCAGGUUUGCUUCAUAAACCCCCGUGAUCGAUUUCGUAAACCAGCAACAAUGGCGACGCCGAGGGAGCACAUCGAGAAACUUCGUCGUCGGACGUUCUCGAUCGGAGAUGACGAGGAAAAUCCAUUGGCCGCCAUGCUCGAUCAAGCGGUCAAGUACCUCUCCGCUGAACUCUACGCCAAGGACGUCCACUUUCUGAUGGAGCUCAUUCAGAAUGCGGAAGAUAAUGAGUACUCGGAAGAAGUUGAUCCUUCGCUGGAGUUUGUCAUAACGUCUCGGGACAUCACCGGAACCGGAGCGCCAGCGACGCUACUGGUCUUCAACAACGAGAAGGGGUUCUCGGCUAAGAAUAUUGAGUCUAUCUGCAGUGUUGGAAAUUCGACGAAGAAAGGCAAAAGGAAACGCGGCUACAUUGGAGAGAAAGGAAUUGGGUUCAAGAGUGUGUUUCUGAUCACGUCACGACCUCAUAUAUUCAGCAAUGGAUAUAAGAUUCGGUUCAAUGAGAAGCCACGCCCACCCUGCAAGCUUGGGUACAUUGUUCCUGAGUGGGUUGAUGAUGGCAAACCUUCUGUUGCAGAUAUACAACAAGUGUAUGGUUCUUCGAGGCUUCCCACCACUACAUUGGUAUUGCCAUUGAAGCCUGACAAGGUGAAACCAGUGAAGGAGCAGCUGUCCAGUGUUCAUCCUGAAGUCUUGCUGUUUCUCUCAAAGAUAAAGCAUCUUUCUGUAAGGGAAGAGAAUGAAAACCCCAAGCUCAACACGGUUUCUGCUAUUGCUAUUACUAAAGAGGUUGAUUACGUGUCUAGGAAGAACAUUGAUGCUGAGUCCUACACCCUUCAUCUUUCGGCUGAGAGUAACGGUGAAAGUGAUGAUGGCCAGUGCAGCUACUAUAUGUGGAAGCAGAGGUUUCCGGUGAAAAGAGAAAAUAUUGUUGAGCAGCGAAUGGAUGUGGAGGAAUGGCUGGUGACUUUAGCUUUCCAUUAUGGAGAGCGUCUUCACAAAGGAGGGCAUUCACCUGGAAUCUAUGCAUUUCUUCCUACGGAUAUGUUUACUAAUUUUCCCUUCAUCAUUCAAGCCGAUUUCAUUCUGUCGUCGUCCAGGGAAGCCGUGCUGCUUGAUAACAGAUGGAAUCAAGGGAUUCUCGGAUGUGUACCAGCAGCAUUCGUUAAUGCGCUAGCUGCUUUGGUUAAAACCAGUGAAGAUGCUCCAGUUUCUAGUUUGCCUCCGAUGUUUCGGUUUUUGCCUGUCGAGACCUCUACUUAUCCCUUCCUAAAUGCUGUGAGGGAGUCAAUUCAAUUGAAGUUAGCUGAAGAGAGCAUCGUACCUAGUGAAUCUUACAAGGAGCAGAAGUACUUUCACAAGCCCCGUGAAGUUAGCAGGCUUUUGCCUGCUUUUUGGGAUAUCCUGAAGGCGGCCAGGCAAGAAAAUGUCAACCUUCACAAUCUUUCGUCCCACGGGUGCUAUAUCCUUGCCUCUUCAUUUGACCGGAGUAAGUAUGACAAGGUUCUCAAAUUCCUGGGCGUGGGAUUCGUGGUAGAUGAAUGGUAUACAAAGUGCAUCCAAAGCUCUAAUCUCGUGAAGGGAAUCUCAGAUGAUUUAUACAUAGAACUUCUCCAUUUCAUCGCUGCAAAUUGGUCAACAAACUUGAAGAACACAAACUUGAGGGGUGUGCCCCUACUGAGACAUAUUGGUGCUAAUGGGAAUAUGGGUAUCUGCAGCAUUAACAAAUCUGCCGACAAGAAAAGUGGGAGAGUAUUAUGUCUAUCAGGGGAGUCUUCAUAUGCAUCAAUGCUUAUCGAUUGGAAUAACGAGUUUUGGCACAUAACACCGUUCUUUUUCCUCCCAGAAGCAAUACAGGAUGCGCUCAGGUCAUCUGAAAGGAGGAGAACUGUGCUAGAAUGGCUUAAAACUGUUGCAGGCCUUGUUGAGUUGAACCCGUGUGAAUUUUCAUAUUCUCUUAGGGAUCAUUUAGGUACUGACCAGAAGCUUGUUGUGGCCUAUGCUCACUUGUUGUAUCGUUCACACAAUGUCGAAUUUCUGACGGACCAGGAGGUUGAUAAUCUGUGCGAGGACAUGCCACUUGUUGAUAGCUAUGGGAAUGUGAUCAAUGCUUCCGAUCAUGUCAUCCUCGUUCCUGGUGCUGAAAGCAGAUGGCUGGAAUUGAUUGGUUCUAAUCCCUGGAGAGGAGAGGGUUAUAUCGAGCUAGGGGAAGAGUACUUACAGACGGCAUGUUUUUGUGGUCAAACAUCAGGAGGCGAAUCAUUCUUGGAGUUUCUUGAAUAUCAUGUUGGAGCUUCUGAUAUUCCUGAUUUAUCUCCUCCCAAUGCCGGGAUUCCUACGGUGUCAGGACCACUGACCAAGAAGAAUGCGAUUUUAUUGUUAGAUUGGAUAAACAGUCUCAUAUCCAAUCGAAUAACAAUACCAGAGAAGUUCUUAACUUGCAUAAGCAAUGGCAGCUGGUUGAAGGUUACAAUGAAUGGGUCUUCUAGUUAUAAGCCACCAUCACAGUCAUUCUUGCUCUCGCCGAAGAAGAAAAACUCUAAAUGGGGAAGUAUUUUACAGGAUGGAUCUGUGGUAGUUGAUAUUCCUUUAGUGGAUCUGAACUUUUAUGGUGAAAUUAUUAAUGAUUAUGAAGUGGCACUCAAAGAAAUAGGAGUGAUGUUCGAGUAUGAUGAAGCGUGUGAAUAUAUUGGUCAAUGCCUCAUGUCACAUGUUAAUUCCUCCACUUCAACAAGAAGCACUGUAUUUUCAAUGCUCAAGUUCCUCAGAUUUCUUAGGGAAAAAUUCUUGGCCCCAGAUCAAUUUAUUUCAAGCAUUAAAGGAGGAAAGUGGUUACAGACGACAUCACAUGGUUACCACUCUCCUGAGGAAUGUGUUCUACGUAAGGGGCAAUGGGCAGUUGCAGAGCAAAUCAGUGAACUUUACUUCAUCAAUGAUGCUUAUUAUGGACCGGAGAUUAAUUCCUUCGAAGAUGAACUCAAGUGUCUUGGUGUGAGAGCUUGCUUGACUGGUAGCCACGAUCUUAUUGUCCAGCACUUGAAAUCGAGUGCUUGCUUGUCUGGUGAUUUGACAAAGGAAGCUCUCUUCCUGAUCUUCGAAUGCAUGCGGAAUUCCAAGGCUGCUGCUUCCAAAGUUGUUGGCACGAUACAACAAGCUAGAUGUUUGAAGUCCAACGUUGGUUACCGGUCCCCUGGCGAAUGCUUCUUGUGUGACCCUGAAUGGGGCUGCCUUCUGGAGGUUUUCUACGGUUCCUCCCCAAUCCUUGAUCGCAACUUCUAUGGUGAUGAAAUCAUCGACUUCAAGUCGGAACUAAAACAAUUGGGUGUGAAGGUCGAUUUCGAGGAUGCCACCAAAGCUUUCGUGAGUACUUUCAAGCAGCAGGCAUCGUUGUCAAAGAUCACAAAGACACACGUCCUGUCAUUUCUUGCCUGCUACAGACGUCUGAAGGUACUUAAGAGACCUCUCUCUGAUAUCAAAACCUGCAUUCUGUCUCAGAGGUGGCUCUGGACAAGGCUUGGUGUUUAUAGAUCUCCAAGAGAGUGUAUUCUGUUUGGCCCUGAGUGGAAAUCUCUCCUUGCAAUUACUCGUCUUCCUUUCCUCGAUGAUAGUUACAGCAGCAAUGGCUACGGGAAGGAUGUUGUUGACGAGUAUGCAAGAGAGCUCAAGCUGUUGGGUGUGGUUGUUAGUUUGAAAGAUGGGGCAAAGUUUGUGCCUUUCUGUCUUUAUUUCCCUGAGGAUCCAUCCACCAUCGCUCCAUCAAGUGUCCUGUCACUGUUACAAUGCAUCAGGAUUCUAUUGGAGCAGAAAGAUUAUUCAUUUCCCGAGUCUUUUAUUGGUAAGAUCUCUAGCGAAUGGUUGAGAACUUGUGUCGGUUACAGGGCUCCCAAGGAUUGCUGCUUGUUUGAUUCCUAUUGGGAGAUGAUGGGUCUGAAGCCAAUUGAUGGACCUUUCAUUGACGAAUCUUUUUUCGGCCCCAAAUUGUUAUCUUAUAAAGAAGAACUAAGAAAGAUAGGAGUUAGCACUAAACCGGAAGACGUAUGCAAGAUACUUGCCAGACAACUUGGUGAGCACUCGGAAUCAACCUCCAUAGUGAGGAUAUAUAAUUUCUUGAGACAACACAAAUGGAAGCCUGAGAAUGAUGAAUCGAAGCAGAGGAUAUGGUUUCCUGACGAGUGUGGCCGCUCUGGGAAGUGGGUGAAUCCAGAAGAAUGCGUUCUACGUGAUAGAGACGAUCUCUUUGGCUCCCAACUAUAUGUUCUGGGGAAACACUACGAAUUCAAAUUACUGGAUUUCUUCAAGGAAGCAUUUGGUGUUAAAAGUAAUCCGUCGCUAACAGAUUACUGCGAGCUUUGGAAGACAUGGGAAAGAUCUGGUCGCAGUUUGACACCUUCCAAGUGCUGUUCUUUCUGGAGUUUUAUUGUUAUGAACAGCCACCAAGUGGACAAGGAAAAACAAAUUCUUGCUGGAGAGAUGUCGAGGCUGCCAGUCGUUUCUGGUGAAGAAAUUGUGUUGGCUGAUAAGCACGAUGUCUUCAUCGCCGAUGACAUUCAACUGAAAGAACUGUUCUCCGAAUAUUCUUCAAUAUUUGCUUGGUAUCCUCAACCGAGUUCCCCGUUUUUGCCUCGUACCAAGUUGAUGGAAGUUUUCAGGGGAAUCGGAGUUCGUGCCAUUUCCGAGUCUGUGCAGAAAGAAGAAGAGAACUCCACAGCAGCCGCAGCAGCCAACAAGUGUAAACAUCUGAAUCACUUGACAUGGAAGAAUCUAGUCAAGAUCAUACUAGGCUUUCUAGCUCAUCCAUCUCUCGACAUGGAAGCUAAGGCAAGGCAUGAUAAAGUGAAGAUCCUCCUUAAGCUCACUGUCCUGGAGACGGUGGAGCCAUUGACGGUCACCUACAGCCUGACUCUAUCUCCAGGGGAAGUCAUCAGUGUGAAAGCCACCCAAAUGAUCCGCUGGGAUAAGGACGAGGGCAAGUUGUACACACAGAGGCUGGAGAAGGGUAGCAGAGGAAGCAGAAGUGGAAGAAAUCUGCUCGAGUAUGCUUGCCGUUUCUCUGAAGUAAUCGCUAAAGGAGUCCUUUGGGAUCAGAAAGAGGAACAAAUAACUGCUCUCUCCCAGAUAAUCAAGCUGGCUGUUCUCGUCAAAUUCGAAGGAGCAGCUGUCGACUUCCUGAUGAAGGUCAAUAAUAUGCAGAUCUUCAUGGAAGAUGAGGAGUUCCUCGCCUCUGCAUUUCCUUCUUCGACUUAGGUACGCCGCCACUUGAACUCCGAAUAGAACGAAAGAAUUCGUUGCAACUGAUAUCAUUUUUGCUCAAUGUGUUUGAUUUUGUUAGCUGAUAAUGAUGCAAGUGUGUCUGUCUAUCCGUUUUGUAUGCAGCAGGUUAAGCAGGAAGACGGACCGAUGAGGCUCGAAUAUGCAGUAUAGCUUCAGAAAUCAGACUAAGCAAAACUUACAGCCGCUCUCUGUGGCUAUUUGACGCAGCGAUGUGUUUGGCUGGCAGCCUUUCUGUUUAUUUAACCAGUUUCAGGUUUUCGUUGAUGUAAAGUUUGUAUUGGAAAAGAGGACCAGUUGUUUGGGGCGGAGUGCAUAGUUGGUUAAUUUCUUUUUCGAUUUUCUUCAUCAUCCCAAAAAAUGAGAGCUGUUUUGGUCAUAUUGUGUUGAUUAUGCUUGUUGGCACUGGUUUUUUACUGCCUAUGCACUCAAAACCUUCUGUGCAUCGUGCUUGUUGCAAAGUGUUACCAGAAGUUAACUUGGUUUUCACUUCUCUGCUGUGGGUGAACAUUUUGUUGAAGAAAAUGCCACUUGGCAGUGUCGUAUGAGCACCCCGACUAUUACAGCCAUCGUCGACUUUGUUGCACAUCAUGGAACGAAAUCGUAUGAGCACCCUGACUAUUACAGCCAUCGUCGACUUUGUUGCACAUCAUGGAACGAAAUCGACAGCAAGUAAUCAAUUGUGCUCUAAAAAAGGGGCCUGGAUAGCGUCACAACCCCUUUAGGGGUUGUGAGAUUCGCUUCCCUGCUUCCAGCCGUCCGUUUCCCUUUCUCAUCUCACGGUUGACAAAAUAUGAAGGGCUUUUUUGGAAUGACUGUGUAUGGAAAAAUUUGAAUUAAUAACAUAAAUGGGGACGGGAUACGGUAACACCAUUAACAAUACAUAACCGAUUACGUUGCUGAAAAAUAAUUCUUGAUUGCACUGUUACUUAUACCACUGCAUUGGACUGGUACUAUUACUUUUACCACUGCACGGGUACUUGUACCAUUGGUCUAGUAAUUGUAUCACUCGACUAGGAGUUGUAUCACUGCACUAGUACUAGUACUUGUACCACUGCACUGGUACUACCAUUGGUCUGAUAAUUGUAUGAUCACUGCACUGGUACGUGUACCACUGGGCUUGUAAGUGUGGUACAACAAAUGUUUCUUUUUACAACUAUGCUUAAUAAAUGUUUCUUUCCACUAUUGUAGUUUAGUUCCAAAUUCUAGUGCAUUAAGUCCACUGGCCGGCCAAAAAUUGUUUUUAACAUAAUGUUCAAACAUUUGAAAUUCAAUUUGACAUGAAACAAACAAACAUGCUGAAGUAAAAAAAAAAUUGUCUAAUUUCUGAUCAUAGUACUAAAACUCCAGAACAUCUACCGCUGGGUAUCUAGGAUAGUUGUGUCAAUUGGGCAGUGCAACGGAGGAAUGAGUCAUGCAUCUCGACAGCUUUAACGGUUAACUCUUGAAUAUGAAGGUUGUUUGUCCUCACCAUGCCUACAACCAAAAAAUAAGAUAGUCCAACCAAAGUUAUAUUAAUACCAAUAUAAAUAAGGUUAUAAA